UAUAAAGUGAACGUCUGCGCGUCCUCACAGUCCCUGUGCGCGCUCCAGCAGCAGCAGAGCCGUCGCGCGGUUGUGGUGGGACACACGAACAGCGCACAAACCCACCUGCCCAAGCCCCAUCCUUACUACACAACCGGACUGCCGCCAUCAGAGAUAAGAAAACAUGGCCAAGAAAAUCAAUCAGAAGCUGUCAAAAGCUAAAAUGGAGGAGAAUGGAGAUUUAAGCAAUGAGAAAAAUAAAAAGGAAGAUGAGAACCCUAAGCUGGAGAUGGUGGGGCCAUUAGAGAUAUUUCGCUAUGCAGAUGGUAUCGACAUUUUUCUGAUGAUACUUGCCACAAUCAUGUCCAUGGCCAAUGGAGCAGUACUUCCUCUCAUGGUUAUUGUAUUCGGAGAUAUGACAAACAGCUUUGUGGAAAAUUCAAUAAAAGACAAACUAACAAAUACCACUAUUCCACCCAAUUUAGCCGUGCCACAGUUCAGUAAUAAGACUUUGGGAGAGCAGAUGACAGAGCAUGCUAUAUACUACAGCAUCAUGGGAUUUGUAGUUUUGUUCGCAGCAUAUAUGCAGGUGGCCUUUUGGACUCUCGCAGCAGGACGUCAAGUAAAAAAAAUUAGAACAAAGUUUUUUCAUUCCAUCAUGAAACAGGAAAUCGGCUGGUUUGAUGUCAAUGAGACGGGGGAGCUGAACACACGUCUUACAGAUGAUGUAUACAAAGUAAAUGAAGGCAUUGGGGAUAAGCUUGGCAUGCUCAUUCAGUCUGUUACCACUUUUUUCACUGGUCUUAUCAUUGGCUUUGCCGAAGGCUGGAAGUUGACCCUCGUAAUCCUUGCUGUUAGCCCCUUACUCGGAAUAUCAGCUGCUAUCAUUGGAAAGGUGAUGACAUCGUUCACCUCAAUGGAGCAGACAGCCUAUGCAAAAGCUGGAGCAGUAGCAGAGGAAGUGCUGUCGUCCAUCAGAACUGUGUUUGCUUUUGGGGGACAGAAGAAAGAGAUACAGAGGUAUCAAAAAAACCUAGAGGAUGCCAAGAACGUUGGUAUCAAGAAGGCCAUUACAGUGAACAUUGCAAUGGGCUUUAUGUUUUUUAUGAUCUAUAUGUCCUAUGCACUGGCCUUUUGGUAUGGCAGCACCCUUAUCCUGGCUGAAGAGUAUGAUGCUGGCAUGCUUUUGACAGUUUUUUUCGCCGUUCUGAUUGGAGCUUUUGGCAUUGGUCAGACAUCUCCUAACAUCCAGUCAUUCUCCAGUGCAAGAGGGGCCGCCCACAAAGUUUUCCAGAUCAUUGAUCAUGAACCCAACAUUAACAGUUACUCAGAUGAAGGCUACAAACUUGAUGUUGUCAAAGGAAACAUAGAGUUCAAAAACAUUCACUUCAAUUACCCCUCACGAGAAGAUGUGAAGGUCUUAAAUGGCAUGAAUCUCAAAAUCAUGAGUGGACAGACGAUUGCUUUGGUGGGCAGCAGUGGGUGUGGAAAAAGCACAACAAUCCAGCUGCUCCAACGCUUUUAUGAUCCACAGGAAGGGACUGUGACAAUAGACGGUCAUGAUAUUCGCUCUCUGAAUGUGCGAGGUCUUAGAGAAAUGAUUGGUGUGGUCAGUCAGGAACCCGUGCUGUUCGCCACCACCAUCGCCGAAAACAUCCGCUACGGCCGUCAAGACGUCACGCAGGAAGAGAUCGAGCGGGCCGCGCAGGAAGCCAAUGCCUACAACUUUAUAAUGAAGCUCCCUGAUAAAUUUGAGACGCUGGUUGGGGACAGAGGCACUCAGAUGAGCGGGGGACAGAAGCAGCGUAUUGCCAUCGCACGAGCACUUGUACGUAACCCAAAGAUCCUGCUUCUCGAUGAAGCUACGUCAGCUCUGGAUGCUGAGAGCGAGACUAUCGUACAGGCAGCGUUAGAUAAGGUGAGGCUGGGUAGGACCACCCUUAUAGUGGCUCACCGACUGUCCACUAUUCGAAAUGCUGAUGUCAUCGCUGGUUUCCAGAAUGGUGAAAUAGUAGAAUUGGGUACACAUGAGGAACUGAUGAAAAGAAAGGGAGUCUACCACACCUUGGUUACAAUGCAGAUGUUCAAAAGUUCAGAUAAAGAAGAGCAGAGCAAAGAGGAGAUGGCUAUAGAUGAGAUGAGUCCAGCUGUCAGCUCUUUGAAUGAACGCACGCUGUUCAGACAGAAAUCCCAAAGCGCCUCAGAGAAAGAUGUGCAGGAUGAAAAGAAACAGGAGGAUGAGAAGGUUCCAAGCGUCUCCUUCCUGACAGUCCUGAAACUAAAUAAACCUGAAUGGCCGUACAUAAUGGUUGGAGUCUUCUGUGCCGUCAUCAAUGGAGCCAUGCAGCCUGCAUUUGCUGUCAUCUUCUCUAAAAUUAUUGCUGUGUUUGGUGAGACCGAACCGGAACUCAUUAGGCAGAGAUGUGACCUCUACUCUCUGCUGUUUGCUGGCAUUGGAAUCCUGUCAUUUUUCACUUUGUUUUUCCAGGGUUUCUGUUUUGGAAAAGCUGGGGAGAUUUUGACCAUGAGACUGAGAUCUAGAGCCUUCAGAUCUAUGAUGAGACAGGACCUGGGUUGGUUUGAUGACAAUAAGAACAGUAUAGGUGCUCUGACCACCAGACUGGCUGCUGAUACGGCUCAAGUUCAGGGCGCCACCGGACUGAGAAUGGCAACCCUGGCACAGAAUGUUGCCAACCUGGGCACCUCUAUCAUUAUCUCAUUUGUGUAUGGCUGGCAGUUAACCCUCCUCAUUCUGUCCAUUGUACCAAUCAUGGCUGUGGCUGGAGCAAUUCAGAUGAAGUUACUAGGAGGACAUGCGCUAAAAGACAAGAAGGAGCUUGAGCAAGCUGGGAAGGUCGCAACAGAAGCUAUCGAGAAUAUUCGUACUGUGGUUUCAUUGACAAGAGAGAAAAAGUUUGAGAGUCUGUACCAGGAGAACUUAGUCGUGCCUUACAAGAAUUCUAAGAAAAAGGCACAUGUUUUUGGCCUGACAUUCUCCUUUUCCCAAGCGAUGAUCUACUUUGCCUAUGCUGGCUGUUUCAAGUUUGGUUCUUGGCUCAUUGAACAAAAGCUAAUGACCUUUGAGGGCGUCUUUCUUGUAAUCUCAGCAAUAGUGUACGGAGCAAUGGCUGUGGGAGAAGCAAAUUCCUUUACACCAAACUACGCCAAGGCCAAGAUGUCUGCCUCUCAUGUCCUGAACCUUAUCAACAGAGUCCCGGCCAUUGACAAUGCCUCAGAGGAGGGGAACAAACCGGAUCAUUUUGAAGGGAACGUUAAUUUUGAAGAUGUGCGUUUUAACUACCCAUCGCGACCAGAGGUGCCAGUGCUGCAGGGGUUUAGGCUCAAGGUGAAAAAGGGUCAGACUCUCGCCCUGGUGGGCAGCAGUGGCUGUGGCAAAAGUACCACCAUUCAAUUACUGGAGAGAUUUUAUGACCCUAAACAGGGCAAAGUGAUGCUGGAUGAUAAUGACACAAAGAAGCUGAACAUCCACUGGCUGCGCUCUCAGAUAGGUAUCGUUUCCCAGGAGCCUGUGCUGUUUGACUGCAGCCUGGCAGAAAACAUUGCAUAUGGAGAUAACAGCCGAGAAGUCAAGAUGGAGGAGAUCGAACUGGCUGCUAAAGCCGCUAAUAUCCACUCAUUUAUAGAGGGACUCCCACAGAAAUACGAGACACAGGCGGGUGACAAGGGUACACAGCUCUCAGGAGGUCAAAAACAGCGUAUUGCUAUAGCAAGAGCCAUCCUCAGAAACCCCAAACUACUGCUGCUGGAUGAAGCCACGUCUGCUCUUGACACUGAGAGUGAGAUGGUGGUGCAGGAGGCUCUUGAUAAGGCACGCGAGGGCCGAACCUGUAUCAUAGUAGCCCACCGCCUAUCCACCAUCCAGAAUGCAGACCUCAUUGCUGUGAUUCAAAAUGGGGUUGUUGUAGAAAAAGGCACACAUCAACAGCUCCUCAGCCAGCAGGGGGCGUACUACACCCUUGUUACCUCUCAGAUGGGUCACUGACAGUAAAGUCAGGGUGCAUAUCUAGAGCCUUUAUUUAAAAGGAUAAACAAUUUAUUUCAAAUAAUUGCUCCCAUGUGGUGGGCAGUAUUUGAAAUGUUACACUUGAACAGUUGAACACCACUGUGGUCAUUUGUGUCCAAGCAUACAUCAGAUGAUCAGCGCUCUGGUUAAGCAAGACUAGUGCUGUUUAAGGUCUGUCAGGGACCAGCUUUGUUCUGCAGGCAUAACAUAAAUCGACCUUGCAAAUUUAAUUGUAUUAACAAUUAUUAUUUUUGUAUUAACAGUACCAAGCACUACCAUAUCAUUUCCUGGUUACACUCUUUGUCUGUUUGGAAAUUAAAAAAAAAUAGUAAUGAAAAGCAGGCUUUUCAAGAUUGAAAACAACAUGGUUAAAUAUAUACAAUAUAUAUACUGCUUCUUGCAUAACAAGAUGACCAAAUUUCAGUUUUGAUGAUUCACUGCUUUGUAAUCAGUGGUUUGUUCUGUAUGUGUGGUGCCCUCAUAUUUAUCAAACUAACAAAAUGCUAUUUUAUUUCAUUACUUUUUGUGCACUGGUUUGUGGCGCACAAAUACUUUAAUUCUGAAAAUGUUUUAAUAAAGUUUAUAGUUUUUUAUUUGCCCGUUAGAUUUAAUAUGUCUUAAUAUUAUCCAUAUUUACAUGGAAGAAAAUAGACAGUUUUUGACAAAAUGAAAUGCGUUUUAUUUUAUGACAUAAUGCUUACAAACCUAAAUUAAAAGCUUCAUAACGAAAGCUUUAAUGAAGACAAAGGUGGACUGAUUUGUAACAUUUAUGAACAGAAAACAAAGUUAACACCUGGGGUCAAUAAGCCUUUAACAUUCUGGUUUCAAACAAAGAUGCUCAUGAAAUUAGAUCCAAACAACUUAUGAUCACUGUCCAAUCGCAAAACUUUAAGAGAAAAAUACAAUGUGAUGUAAUGCAAAAGUGUGAUGUACUGUAAUGCAAAAGUUGCCAGGUUUACAAAAAUAAACAUAUUUAACAAGCA